AUGCUUGAGCCCUCAUCCGACCAUGUCCGCAAACUAACAAGAGCCUAUCUAGACUGCGAGGAAAUCAUGACAGCCCUCGACGAAUGCCAUGCUCGCGGCUUCAUUUACAAAGCCCUCGGAAACUGCAAUGAUAUUAAGCGUGAAGUGAACCGCUGUCUUGGCGCUGAGCGCGCCGACCGGGCCAAGCAGAACCGCGAAGUCGCGCGCGGCAAGCGACAGAAGAUCGAGGAUAUUUGGGCCAAGGAGCGCGCGCUGGAUGCGAGUGCCGUGCAGACCCCUGCUGCUGCUACUUCUAGUGCUUCUACGGAUGGCGCGAAGCAAUGA